ACAGUGUGGUAGCCGGACGGAGGCGCUUUGAUGCCAUUCAUCGCAUCUCGCGCCUUGUACUCUGCACCCAUCGCAACCCUGCAGAUCAGCAUGGUGCGCUCGCAGUCCGAACAAUAAACCUCGUUGUGUUGCUUGCAAGGCUUGUUGCAGCCCUCGAAGGUGUACUGAUUACUUUUGGAAGACAAAUCGGCAAAACUUUCGCGCUUACGCUGCAAUAUAAUAGCAACGAAGACUUCUCGCCACUCGCCAGACAGCCUAGUCAACCCAAAACCACGACAGAGUGGACUGUUGACUCGGCGAUUUUCACAAAAAGGGAAGGUCGAAAGACUUGAAAAAAAGCAUCAUUAAAGGCUCGCAGGGCUUCAGCAAAAUGAACGCAGCAUAUUAUUCUCCUCCAAGUUUUUCGCGCACGGAUUUGGCGCAGUUCAAAAAGUCGGUGCAAUGGCAGUGGAAGGGUUACAGGACAUCAUCGGGCGUCUUUAAUAAAUUGCAUUCCACUGAUGACUUGAUAAAGUCAAUCAGGAAAUAUGCACAAGUGCCUGCUCAUUGGAACUUUCAAUUGCUAGAAGAAACGCUGAAUUUCUCGGUUGAUACCUCCUGCAAAAAGGUGUUUUUGCAAGAAACUUAUAAAAAAAUUGAAGAAAUUGCGUCAAAAAUAUCUUCCACGCACAAAAAUGUUUUCGACAAACUUGGUGACGAGGAAAUCAUCCUGACUAGAGAACAGAUUGUGUGCAUUCUUGCCAACGCGUUUCUUUGCACUUUUCCCAACCACGCAGAUAACAAAACGAUGCCACAAAUUAAUUUCAUUGGAUUAUUCACCAGUAUUUCUACCAACCCUGCUGUACAGAAAGAGAAAAUUAAAUGCAUUUUGAACUAUUUCAAAUUAGUCACCGAAUACGGUUUUUGGGGAAAUUUGAGAGAUGAUGUUCGUUUUAAGAAGGUGAGUCUGGGAGGCAGUAAAAGCGGCGCCCCUCAACUUCCAUUUGACCCCAGCACGAUUUCUCUGGAUUUGAGUAAAUUCGGAAAUAUCGAAGGAGAUCUUUUCGAGUGCCCAAAUGAUUCUGGACAAGUGAUGUUUUCAAACAAGCGAUUGGGAGGCGGCGUUUUGGGCAACGGAAGUCUUCAAGAGGAGAACAGGUUCAUCACUUGCCCCGAAUUGAUCGUCCUGAAAAUUUUCUUCCCUGAGCUGGCUGACGACGAGGUUGUCAUUGUUGAAAAUGCCGGACAGUUCAGCAAAUGCGAGGGAUAUGGAUUCACUUUUAAAUACGUGCCCAUCGAUAGAAUGAUAAAAACUGGAUCUAUUAUUGCAAUGGACGCAAUGGAUUUUUCAAGACAUCCUCUUGGGGAUGCUGCGCAAUGGGAAGCGGAAAAUAUCCGUAGAGAAACAAUCAAAGCGUACGUUGGAUUCAAAAACGUGAAGGAGCAGAAUAUAGGGACUGGAUUUUGGGGUUGCGGCGGAUUCAAGGGAGAUCCGCUCCUAAAAACAUUGAUUCAGUGGAUCGCUGCGACAGCCGCUAACAAAACUCUGCAGCUCUUCUACCUGCCUAACGAAAGAUACAUUUUUGAUGGCAUAAAACAACGUCUCAAUUCCCAUGAAAGGGAACAGAUAUUUGAUGGCGUCUUGAGCAAAUUGAAGCGUCCACGUGAGAAAAUUUGCAAGUGCAAUUGCGGGAACGUCCUUUGCUCUAAGCAAUCACGAGAGAGGAUGAAAUUUACGCCGAAGUCAACAAAUGCGGCAUACCCAUACAAUUCAUAUAAUUAUUAAACUUUCAUAAUCAAAUUGUAAUGCACCCAUUAUAUGUAAAUUUAUUUUGAUAAUAAUUAUUAUUUCUGUUGGUUUUAAUCUAUACAUUUUUUUUGAAACUAAACAGCAAAACAUUUUAAUCAUUAACUUUUCACAUUAUUAAUGUUUA